AAUUAGAACCCCGCCAAGCCCCGCUUUCCAAGAAAGGGACGAGCCUUAUCGAUAGCGAACCUCUUCACAGGAAUCCAGGGACGGGUAUUUGGAAUUGAUAUCACAGCACAUUGUUAUACUCGAUUUGACGACGGCCGUAUCUCAUCCGGCUUGCUAUGGAAACCGAUCCCGAUGUACACCGUGCCAUCUCGCUGAAACCUAGUCCGUUUCACGCCUACCCCCCACGCGCCGAGCGAGAUCACAGUCCCCGCCCUUCCACGACCGAUCGCAACGUCGCGAAAACAGACGGGACCAGCACAGCGCUCGAGACUGGCAAAGGUACAGAUGAACACGAUGCCCAUGCCCGCCACGUCGCUGGUCGGGAGAGCGAUGUCGAGCGCCAGACCCUCCCGCACUAUACCCCCGACAACGACCCCUACCGACUGGCCGCUGCACUGAAGCCUCAGGCGGAACUCGAACGCAUACGAGCAAACACCUCUAGGAAGCGUGACGGCUUUGGACCGAUCACACUCAACAGAGCCGCCAACCGUGCCCGGAAGUUGGAGAAAUUCUACGAAAAGCAAAAUGAGAACAUCGAGCGGCUCCUCAAACCCGUCGACGACCAUCGCCGAGACGCAAAGGAGGAAGAGGGCGCCAACCACCUAAAGUACAGAAUCGCCGUCGUCGGCAGCUUCGUCGCCAAUGUCCUCCUGGCUAUCAUUCAGCUCUACGCCGCCGUGUCGUCCCUGUCUCUCUCCCUCUUCACAACCAUGGCAGAUUCCCUAUUCGACCCCCUCUCGAACCUGACGCUGAUCCUUUGCGCCCGGGCGGUCAAGCGUGUCGACGGCCGCAAAUUUCCCUCGGGAAAGGCACGCAUCGAAACCGCCGGCAACAUCUUCUUCUGCUUCCUCAUGAUCACCGUGUCCGUCGUCAUCAUCGUCGAGUCCAUAAGAGAGCUCGCGACCCACAUCGGCGGCGAGGUCAACGGCUUCUAUCUCCCCUCCGUUAUCGCCGUCUGCAUUGCCUUCACGACCAAAUUCUCCCUAUUCCUGUACUGCUGGGCCAUCCGCAACAAGUACUCGCAAGUCCGGAUUCUGUGGGAGGACCACCGGAACGAUUUGUUCAUCAAUGGAUUCGGUAUCUUGACGAGUGUGGGUGGUGCGAAGCUUAAGUGGUGGAUUGAUCCCAUGGGCGCCAUCGUAUUGAGCGUGCUGAUCAUCUUCCUGUGGUCGAGGACCGCGUACUCCGAGUUCCAGUUGUUGAUUGGCGUGUCGGCCGAUACCCAUAUGUUGCAGCUGAUCACCUACAUCUCGAUGACGCACUCUCCCGCUGUCCUGGGCAUCGACACCGUCCGCGCCUAUCAUUCCGGCCCAAGGCUUAUCGUCGAAGUCGACAUCGUCAUGGACCCUGAGGAGACGCUGCGGGCUACCCACGACAUUGCCGAGGAGCUGCAGAUCAAGUUGGAGAGUCUGCCUAAUGUAGAGCGUGCGUAUGUGCAUGUGGAUUACGAGACGAGCCAUGCGCCGGAGCACUUUCUCAAGAAAGAGCUGUAGGCGGUGAGAAGUAAUGUGAAUACUCGGUGUGCUCGAUACGUCAUAUGGUUUGAUUGCCCGUACAUAUUGUUUAGAGCAGUUGCGCUGUUGAUAGCGAGCUAUUGGGUAUGUAGAGGCUCCACUUUAGAAGUCGUGUUGUGUUACCUUUACUAUAAAGGUGUCGAUAGAUCGCAACUAAUGUUAUCACUCACACACAAGCG